UGGAUCAUAAUUAAUGGAUAUUUGGUUUUCAUCCCCUUUAUAGCCAUACUCAAGAGAGAAGUCGCGCCAUGGACACGAAAUCCAUUCAUCUUUUCUACUCAAUGGCCUUGCUUACUAUCAGUACAGGAGAGCUACUGACAUCACUUCUACCAAAGCUUCGUCAAGGCAAGAACUCAAUCCCAGAUCAUUCAGAGGACCACCCUGUUAUACAAAGGCUAUUGAAAGACACCCUUAUGGACAUUUGUCGAGGUCCCUUAGCUGGUAGAGAUGUAACUCUUGUUCUAGAUGCAUCGUGUAAAGAGAAUAUGGUUCUGCCUGAUUUUAUAGAGGCAUUGGGUGUCCCUGUACUUUUCUUUAACAACGAAGGGGUAAACAGAGGGGUCCUGGAUGCUGCAAAAAGGAAUCGUCUCGAUGUCAUAGUGAGUGUUGUGGGCCCGGAGUUGUCUUGGUUGUUAACAUCCCCGCCAGAGAGAUGGUCGGCAUCCUCUGUGGUUUUAGUUGGGACCACACUGCAAUGCGAUCCAAGAGCCCUUCUGCAGACAGCACUGACACAGAGGACUCCUGCAGUGGCCGCGUUGUGUCUAGCGAAGUUAGGCGAGCAGAGGAACAGACUCGAGUUCCGGGUGUUCACGUGGCGACCUCUACACCCGCGCCGAAAGCUCUUGCCUCUGGGCGGAUGGAAUGCCUCUGCCUUCGCCUCCUGGGACCAGCUCUUCGUCGACCGCUUCUCGUCCUUCGGCGGCGUCACUUUGGGGGUCGCGAGUGACCACGAUGACAUGCCCUUCCUCUUCAACUCGAGCUUGACGGAGUGGGAAGGUCUCGGUUAUCGCCUCCUGAAUACACUGGCCGAGUCAUACAACUUCACGUACACGCUGACACCGUGGGCCAGCGACCGACAAUGGGGCAAUUGGGAAAACAACUCUUGGACCGGGAUGUUGGGAGAUCUGUACCGAGAGGUCAAGAACUUGACUGUCAACUUCAUUUCCCUCUCCCCAAGACGGGCUCAGUAUUUUGAUAUUUCUGUCCCUUAUUACAAGGAAGGGUUUUCGUUUGUACUCGCGUUCCCUCCUCCUCUUCCCCGAUGGUACAGCCUCGUCCACCCAUUCAGUUGGACGAUGUGGGUGGUGGUGGGCGGAGUUGCCGUCGUAGUCUGCCUCGCCUACUGGUUCCUGGCUUCGUUUAGGGAGAAAGCGUCUCCAUCUACAUACCUCUUAACCAUCGCACAGGCACUGCUGAAUCAGUCCAACAGCUCUGUGCCGGCUUCCUGGAUCUUGAGGUUGUUUUUGGCAUCUUGGUGGGUCACCGCUUACGUCAUCGUCAUGUCCUACACGUGCAACCUCAUAGCAUUCCUUACUAUCCCAGCGCAUCCCUUUAAACUUGAAUCCGUUCAGCAACUGGCUAAUAGUCAUCACAGAGUGUGCAUGCUGGAUUACGGAAGCUAUGUACCCGAUGCCUUAGCCACUUCCACCCACCAGUCACUCUCUGCCCUUGGCGAGAAGAUGGACCUGGUGCCUUACAAUACCGCGAUGCCAUACUACAAUGCCCUUGAGUGCCUCGACCUCGCACUGGCAGGUACCCACGCCAUGGUAGAAGCCAGGUCCUACUUGAGGGACUUAGUAGAGAGUGCAGGCCGCGGGAACAAAAUGUAUUUCUUGGAGGAAAGCAUUUUCGAAGGAACUGUGAGCUUCUUGUUCAGUAAAAGCACUCCUUGGAAAUACAAGUUUGAUGAGGGUAUUUAUAGCCUGCUGGAAUCCGGCUUUAUUGGGAAGUGGUACCGUGACAUCAUGGAAAUGAGAAGACCACGGCGGGCAAAGAAAUCUGAAGCCAUAGUAGCGAUUACGAUCAACCAUCUCCAGGGCAUAUUCCUGGUUCUAGCGUUUGGAUGGUCAAUGGCCCUGGUAACUUUCCUGGUGGAGAAAAUUUGCGCUAGAGUAACAGGCACGCGUAGGGAUAUUCACGAUGACGAAUGACCAA